GGAGGAUGUAGCAAAAGUGGAAGCGAAAGUUAUUGAGAUUUGUGGUGUUGUAUCAUUAUUGGAUUUAAUGUAUGAUGAUAAUGGAUGUACGCCACCACUAAUAUUACUCGCGACCAUUUAAUCCAAUGGCAAACGUGACCUUCUCAUCCCCUCCUUGGUUCUAUUAAUGGUUGUUCUUUUAUUUUUUUAGCUAGUUGUUGCUUCCGUCCUAUAGUUUUUGCUCAAUAAAAUAUUUCAUUUUAUUCAUGCUCUCACUGUGAAAACUGAUGCACCGAAACUCGUCGAGGAGAAAUACCCGGGUAUUUUCACGAGAAAAACUUGUUUACAUUUGACAGAUGAGCUAGUUUACACGAGAAAAUCAUCAUGAGGGAAUUUGUAAAAUUGUUGAUCUCAUCUUCGGAGAAAGCUGCAAAUAUUGCGAGAAUAAUUCGGAAUGAUGACAAGCUUUUUCGUCUUCUCGUGGAGGAAAAGCAGGUCGGGGAAAAGAAUGUGAGAUUCGUCCAGGAUUUCAAAACCUUGGGGGACGUCCUUAUUCAGGAGAGUUUGAGAUGGGAGAUUUCCAAAAAGUACCCGGAAAUGGCGAACAACAUUUUUGGAGAAGAAAACAACACUUUCACGAACGGUUUGGGAGAAGUUGUCACCGUCCGGGUUGAGAGCGAGGUGAAGGAAACUGCACAAUUACUGACCAAGGUGAUGGGUGGCGGUGGUGGCGACACGCCCAACUUGGCUGCCCUCACUCUGGCUGAGGAGAUUCAUAGAAAUGUUGGCAAUGCUGGUGACGAAGACGAGAGUUGUAAAGGACUUGAAGAGGACAUACCCGAGGAUGGUGUCAUUAGUGACUAUGCAGACGUAGGCAUAUGGAUUGACCCCAUAGAUGCCACAAACGAGUACAUCAAGGGGUCACCACUUGCCCCGAAUAGUUCUACUGGUCAAGAGGAUAAAGUCGAGAAAGGAGGACUUCCCUGUGUGACCGUUCUCAUCGGAGCUUUCCACCUUCACUCUGGCAAACCCAUCGUGGGCGUCAUCAACCAGCCAUUUCACACCCUCUCCAGCGACAACAAGUGGAGUGGGCGCACCUUUUGGGGAACGAGUCAUCCCUCGUGUUCAAAGUCGAGCAGGAAUAUUCCCCCAAAGCAGUCACACCGCCGCCCAUCCUUGAUCUUGAGUUCGUCCGAGGACGCCGCUCUGAAGGCGAAGCUGGGGAAGGACUUCGAUUUAGUAACCGCUCCUGGAGCAGGUUACAAACUACUCGCCGUGAUUCUGGGUCUGACUGACGCGUACAUUUUGUCAAAGGACACCACUCAUUUUUGGGACAGUUGUGGCCCUCACUCCAUUCUGCACGGGUUGGGCGGUGGGAUCGUCAACUUUCACCAACUCCUUGCACUCGACCAAGUCGAAGAACUCCCACAGAUUUCAUACUCAGUGGAUAAUGAGGUCGCCAAAAGGGCCCAUUUCGCCAAUUUGGGUGGCAUCGUUGCAUUCCGGGACAUUGAGACUCUAACCCUUUUACGGAAAUGUUUAAAAUAGCCGUAUACAUAAUUACGCCAUUUUACAAAUAAUUUAUGCAAAUACAUUCCAUUGCUGCACAUAAAGAAACUGUCGAAGAAAAAAAA